AUGCCUUCGCCUCUCCAAUCCAAGCCCAAUCUCAAUCCCAAGAAAUUGUUGUACGGCCAAGAGGUCGUCGGCAAGAGGAUUAAGUACGAUGGUGACGAAGAGACUUUGGAUUUGGCCACCGAGAAAAUCGAAUUGCUUCAACAGACCGUCCAGACCUUUAAGCGCUUGCAGCGAGGUCCUUUGCCCACUCUCGAGGCUCCGGUGGCGGAGGAGGACGAGGAAGACAGUAAUGAUGAUGAUGAUGAUGAUUCCGGCGAUGAGGAUUGGGGAAAGAGUGUGGAAAGGAAGGUGGUUGAGCCAGAGGAGGAAGACGAGGUUAUGGAAUUGGAGGAUGAGCAUGAUGAUGAGGAAGUGCCCAAGUUCAAAGGAAGGAAUAUUCGCACCCACCUCGCCGAAAUCCGACCCACCUCGCAGCCGGUUAAUGGGUUCUCUCAAGAACCAGUGAGACAACCACAAUGGGGGAAGAAGAGCAGAGCAACAGUCAAGGCUAAGAACCAGACCAACCCUCCGGAAGCCUCUCGGAAAUCUACAACACCGGCGUGCUGA